GAUCACCUUUAAACCCCAAACCCCUCCUUGCCCAAAAAAGGGGAAACCCAAAACCCUCGGCAACCUUCUUCACCCUCGGCGAACAUGGGCCAGCGACGGCGGCCGGCGAACCGGCGCCGCCUCCCGAGGGCCCCUCCCAUCCUCCUCGCCUUCUCCCCCUUCGCCCGCUUCCUCCUCUUCUCUCGCUCCUCCUCCGUCCCCAAUGCCAUGUUUCCCGAUCCCUCGCGUGCCUCCAAAUCCCCAGUGGAUGUAAUCGUCAAUCCUAAGGCACCAAAAGCAAUCGAACGAAUCGAAUCCUCCGAAGAUGAAGAGGAGGAACAAGAAGUCGAGAUGGUGCAAGCUGAUUUCGAGUUCUUCGAUCCCAAGCCCAGAGAUUUCAACGGGGUGAAGCUUCUUCUCCAGAACUACUUGGAUAACAAGCCGUGGGAUCUCAGCGGCUUCGUGGACCUGAUCCUGGAGCAGACCACUGUUGGGACCAUCGUGAAAGCGGCCGGCCAGGAUGAAGAGGAGGAAAGAGCCGAUGAUGGAGGGGAUGAUGACGAGGGUCUGUUUGCCAUCAUCAGCGCCCUUAAUCUGGGGAGAUAUGCUGGCCAUAGAUGCAUCAAGGAGCUCAAGCAGUUCCUUGUUGAAGUUUGUAGUGAUGAGAGUACAAAGACAAAGAUGAAAUUGCUGUUGGAACAGCAAGCAAGUGAUGUUGGUCUGUUGGUUUCGCAGCGGUUUGUUAACUGCCCCUACCAGCUGGUGCCUCCACUCUAUGACGCGCUCUUUGAUGAGGUUUCAUGGGCAACAGAGGAUGAGCCCACACAGGAGCUUCGAGAUUCCUUCCGCCUCAAAUACUAUAUAUCGCUUACCAGAAUCUUGGAGAACAAAAAUGUCAACCAGCGCAAGGCAAAACAAAGCCAGGAUUGCGAGGAACCUGUCAUUUAUAUAAAGGAAGAAGAUGAGAUUUUUCAUGAGCUCAGCUUGUUAUCUUUUACUUUUCAUCUGCAUGCGGAGCAGUUGAUUUCACAUGAGUUAAAGAACUACAGGGAGAUGGGACUGCUCAUGGUCGUAAAAGCUGAUGACAUUUCCAGGUUCCGCGAGAAGUUAGAAUCAUUACCAGCCGAAUCAUAAUUCUAAAGGUGGUUUGGUAUAUUGACUGCAAUUGUGACCCCACAAUUAUCACAUCCUCCAAUUGCUGCUAUUUUCCUUGUAGAUGGGCAAACCCACGGCCUCGCACAACUACUGUUCCAUAUGGUGCAAAAAUGUGAAUCUCCUGCUUGUCUGGCAGGUGAGAUAGUAGCUGGUCCAAUAUAAUUGGAAGCGAUGAGAUUGUACCAUGGAUCUAAAAUGCAUCGAUGCAGAGGCUCUUCUUUUGUAGUUUAUUUUUAUUUAUUUUUCCUGUUCCCUCCUGAUAUCAGGGGUUGCAGGGAUGUGUAUUACGUUGUUUGGUGAGUUGAGAAGGACUUGAUGGAUUCAUUUCUGCUCUCAUCUGAGCAUUAUACAGAUGUGAACCAUCAUUUUGAGUUUGAGUCGAGACUUUGCAGGAAAAUGUCAAAGUUUUGCAAAUGUUGAGUAGAGAGAAUUAAUAAGGUCACUAAACUUGUCUGUUCUGGUGCUCAUCUCCUUUAAUGAGUUAUUCCUGAGGAAUCUUUCAUAA